UGACGCUGCACCAGAUUUGCUCAUCACUACGCUCUUGUAUUAGAGAGGAAAACCAGAGAGAGAGAAAGACAAACACAGAGUGGAAAGAAAAUAACAUCAUUUUCCUUUGAACCAAACGCUCCUCUCUUUCUCUUCUUCUCUCCCUGUUUCUCUUUGAAUUUAGUUUUGUGUUUAUGAAGUUUGGUAGAGCGGGAGAGAGAGGGUGAGAUCGUGGUGAGUGAAAUAUCGCCGAUUUUUACUGUUCCAUCAGUUUCCCUUUUUAUUUUUCCGUUUUUGCCCUUUGCUUUUACUCGCGUUAUCUUCUUCGUAUUCUUUCCCUGAGCUUUAUUCGACGCGUAAAGUAAAGGUUUUCUCUCCAUUUCUCUUCAAAUCUACGUUUACAGUUCAGCUUCAUUUCAUGUCUUCUCUGCUUUUUCCCCCCCUUUUCUUGAGAAAAAUAAUACAUUUGAAGUGAUGAGGAGAAAUUAGCUUUGCUUUGGAAUUGAUCAAGCUCGAGAUUUGAGGCAGAAAGAUUGAGGUUGAAGUAUAUAUCCCUUUCAGCCCGUUCAGUUCAGAUCAGAGAGUACUCAGAGAAAGUGGGAAAACGACAGCGUUUUUCACUGGAGGAAGGAGAAUACAGUCGAUAUUCAGAAUUACCUUGUCUGCAGUGAAUUGAUGAACUGUGUCGACUGUCUUCUGACAAUGACACGGUAUUUGGCGAAUUUGAAAUUAUGAUAAUUCUCGUCUAAUUGUUGGUGGGUUUGAGAAGACCGAACGUGGAAUAUGAGAAACAGAGUCAACCUGAGGGAGUGAGCUGCCAAAGAAGGAGAAGAUGCAAAGUGCUCGUGAGGAGAAUAUUCUUGUUUUGCUGAGGUUGAGGCCUUUGAAUGAGAAGGAGAUUGCAGCAAAUGAAGUUGCAGACUGGGAAUGCAUCAAUGACACCACCAUCUUGUAUCGAAACACCCUUCGUGAAGGCUCCACAUUUCCAUCUGCCUAUACUUUUGACAAAGUAUUUCGGAGUGACUACUCUACAAGGCAAGUGUAUGAGGAAGGAGUACAGGAAGUGGCUCUUUCAGUUGUCAGGGGUAUUAACUCAAGCAUUUUUGCAUACGGGCAGACAAGCAGUGGAAAGACAUACACCAUGAUGGGGGUAACUGAGUAUACAGUAGCAGAUAUUUUUGACUAUAUGCAUAGGCAUGAAGAGAGAGCAUUUGUUUUGAAGUUGUCAGCAAUUGAGAUAUACAAUGAAGCUAUUAGGGAUCUCCUUAGCAUGGAUUCUACUCCACUUAGAUUACUGGAUGAUCCAGAGAAAGGGACCAUCAUUGAGAAAGUUACAGAGGAAACACUGAAGGACUGGAGCCAUCUAAAGGAGCUGCUUUCUGUUUGUGAAGCUCAAAGACAGAUUGGUGAGACCACCCUGAAUGAGAAAAGCUCUAGAUCUCAUCAAAUUCUUAGAUUGACAAUUGAAAGUUCUGCUCGUGAAUUCAUAGGCAAAGAAAACUCUACAACUCUUUCAGCAACUGUGAAUUUUGUUGAUUUGGCAGGAAGUGAGCGUGCAUCUCAGGCAUUAUCUUCUGGGGCAAGAUUGAAAGAAGGAUGCCACAUAAACCGUAGUUUACUGACUCUGGGAACUGUUAUUCGCAAGCUAAGCAAAGGGAGACAUGGGCACAUCAAUUAUAGAGAUUCUAAGCUGACACGGUUACUGCAGCCUGCUUUGGGUGGUAAUGCUAGAACUGCCAUUAUCUGCACACUGAGUCCUGCUCGCUCGCAUGUUGAGCAAACUAGAAACACUCUUUUGUUUGCUUGUUGUGCAAAAGAAGUUACUACGAAGGCACAGGUCAAUGUAGUUAUGUCAGAUAAGGCACUGGUUAAGCAUUUGCAAAGAGAGUUGGCUAGAUUGGAGAGUGAGUUGAGAAGUCCUGCCCCUGCUACCUCAACCAGUGAUUACGCAACAUUACUUAGAAAGAAAGAUCUUCAAAUUCAAAAGAUGGAGAAGGAGAUUAGAGAGUUGACCAAGCAAAGGGAUCUUGCUGAAUCCCGGAUUGAGGAUUUGCUGCGAAUGAUUGGACAGGAUCAAACUUCAAGAAAUGGGGCUGUGAUUGGCCCUCAUCUUAAUCAGCAAGCAGGGCGUACAUGGGAAGAUGAAUAUGGAGACAGUGGAAGCAACAUGGAGGAGCCCUACCACCUACAGGAUAGUACUGAUGACCAUUUUGUGUCUGAUGAUUCUUCAUUGAUGUCUAUUGGAAAGAAGAUUGUUAGAUCCAAUUCCUGUCAGAGUCUGGAGGAUACUGCUAUUGGACCUGCAGAAUGUACUGAUGACUACUGCAAGGAAGUUCAAUGUAUUGAAAUGGAUGAGGCAAGAAGAGAUGGCAAUUUUGAACUCCAUUCCACAUCAAACGGUGAAAAUGAAGGAACAUUAACUUUGACGAUGUUUGGGGAUGGUCCUGCAGCAGAGCAGCAACUAUCAACUCCAGCAAAUGGACAUAGAGAAGUGAGUCACAUUCAAAAUGGUUUCACAUAUGACAUGUUGGAGCAUAGACUGCAUGACGUACAAAGUACCAUAGAUGCUCUUGUCAAUCCUGAUCCUGAGGAAACAUCUCCACAAUCAUCGGAAACUAAUAUGUCAAGUUCCAGGACUAUGAACUUAACAAGGAGCUGGAAUAGUAACGAGAAUCUCAUGACUGGCUCUUCUCCCUACUUUGGGAAGGCAGAACAAAUUGGGAGCACCCCUCCAAAUGGUUUUGAGAAAAGCUUUUCUGGGAGACCAGACAGUGUCCGAAGGAAGUUUCCUCCACUAAAUUAUGGUGCUGACACUGCAACGUUAUCAAGAAAUGAUUCAGAGUCUUCUCUUGGCAGUGCCUACACAGAUGAUUUAAGAUCACAGAGCAUAAAAACUUCAGCAGAUGGGGAUAUACCUAGCAUCCAAGAUUUUGUUGAAGGACUGCAGGAGAUGGCCAAGCAGGAGUAUGAGAAGCAACUAGUUGAUAGUCAGGUUUGGGAGACAGACCAAACAGCUCAUACAUUGGAGAAGAAUGCAAAGGAUGUGGGAUUGGAACCCAUGCAUGAAGCAUUAGAAAAUUCUAGUGAUUGGCCAUUGGCAUUUGAGAGGAAGCGGAGAGAGAUAUUUGAACUUUGGCAAACUUGCAACGUUUCCUUGAUUCAUAGAACUUACUUUUUCCUGCUCUUUAAAGGUGAUCCAACAGAUUCGGUGUACAUGGAAGUGGAGCUUAGGAGACUUUCCUUCCUCAAGGAAACACUUUCUCAAGGGGAUCAUUCUGUGGGAGGUGGUCAGACAUUCACAUUUGCAACAAGUGUCAAAGCCCUACACAAGGAGAGAGGAAUGCUGAGCAAGCUGAUGAGAAAGAGGUUAUCAGAAGAAGAAAGAAAGAGAAUAUACCUGAAGUGGGGUAUAGGGUUGAACUCAAAACGCAGGAGGCUACAGUUGGCUAACCGCUUGUGGAGCACCGCGAAGGAUAUUAACCACAUCAUGGAGAGUGCAGCCAUAGUUGGAAAGCUGGUGAGGUUUGUAGAACAGGGGCAAGGUCUCAAGGAAAUGUUCGGGCUUAGCUUCACACCCCCAAACACAAGGAGGAGGUCCUUGGGCUGGACAUACAGCAAAUCAACUCUUCUAUAGAUCAUUCUUUGUGGUAACUGGCAAAUGUAUACUACUAGAGCGGCUGAUUUGUUGAAGUGGGUUAGCCCAUAUAGCAUUCUUUACAUGAUCCCCCAGGAAAAAAAAAAAAAAAAAGAAUGAUCCUGUGAUUGUUAAGAGUUGUAAAAAAUUAUAGCUUGUAUCAUGUCCAAAGUUGAACUCUGGCUUUGCGCA